UCGAGAUAGGACGGUCCUUUUAUACCCCAAUUGAAAGAACCACGUUACACAUCCUAUAGUGUGUUAUCGAGCAGCACUGAAUAGCGUUCGGUUGCAACUUGCCUCUUUCUUUGAAGAUGGCGCGAAAGCAUGCAUUCCGUUUAGUCUUUGCAUUUCAGAUCUAAGCCUGAAGAAAUGUCGAUGUUCGCCGGGAAUGAAUAGGGUUUGACUAGCUCAGGCCUCAUCCUGAGCACUGCCAGGUCGGCCUCUGACGGGACCAUACCCCAGCUGCACCCAACAUGACUCCCAGGACUUCCACCAUGAUCCCAACCAUGAAGCAGUGGCGGCAGCUGGUUCUGGUGGUGAUGCUGGCCUGGCUCCUCAUCUUCCUGGCCCUGCUCUCCCACUUCCUGGACCCCCGGGAUGUGGAUCUCCGCUCGCCCUCCUCGCUCACCCACACCGAGACCCGCCGUCUGGCCUCCAUCCAGGGUAGUACAUCGGGCAUCAGGGCUUCUCCUCUUGGGGUGUCAUCCUCAUCUUCCCCCGCCAACCAGGAUCCCAGCCACAGCCGACAAGGAAAACAGGAGGCCCUGGAGCUGAGCCAGAAUGGUGACUCGGUGGUCUGGAAAAAGGUGAGCGACCAGGAGGAGGGGGUGGAUCAGGAAAGGGAAGAGAAGAUAAGGAGGGAGAGACUGAGAAGGAGGAGGAGGAAAAGGAGCAUGUCCAGGGCUGAGCAGCGGGGCAGAGACGGCUACUAUUUAUCCCAGUCCAAGGCAGUGGUCCAGCAGCUGCGAAGGGGCAUUGCCUCAGCGGGGAUGCUCGCUCCACACCUGCAGAAGUCCAUGAGGGACUACCAGAAUCUCAACAGGCACCAUGUGGCCUACAGGGGGCUGCGCAGGGGUAGGCAGAGUGGGAGGGAGGUACUCUGUGAACUGAAGGAGCAGGCCAGGUUGAGGACACUGGAUGGGACAGAGCAACCCUUCUCUGGGCUGGCCUGGGAGAGGCUAGUGCCCACACAACCUCUGGAGCAGCUUUGGGGCCAGGGGUCAAAGUUCAAGUCGUGUGCGGUGGUCACCUCGGCCGGGGCUAUCCUCAACUCUUCCCUAGGGAGAGAAAUUGAUUCCCAUGAGGCUGUGCUUCGCUUCAACGCUGCUCCUACAGAGGGCUAUGAGAAUGACGUGGGCAACAAGACCACCAUCCGCAUCAUCAACUCUCAGAUCCUGGCCCGGCCCAGGCAUCGCUUCACCACCAGCUCUUUGUAUAAGGGUAUGACACUGGUGGCCUGGGAUCCUGCACCGUACUCUGUGGACCUGCCCAGGUGGUACAGGAACCCAGACUAUGACCUGUUCACCCCGUACGAAGAACGCCGGCGGCUCCACCCCACACAACCGUUCUACAUCCUCCACCCCAAGUUUAUCUGGCAGCUGUGGGACGUGAUCCAGGGAAACACCCAGGAGAACAUCCAGCCUAACCCCCCAUCCUCUGGGUUCAUAGGCAUCGUCCUGAUGAUGUCGCUGUGUGAGGAGGUCCAUGUCUAUGAGUACAUCCCCUCUCUGCGUCAGACAGACCUGUGCCACUACCACGAGCACUACUACGACGCCGCCUGCACCCUUGGGGCGUACCAUCCCCUGCUCUUUGAGAAGCAACUGGUCCAGAGGAUGAACAGCGCCACCCAGCACGACCUCAAAACCAAGGGCAAGGUCACACUCUCGGGGUUCAGCGCGGUCAACUGUGGGCACUGACCUUUGACCUCCUAUGGCCAUCAAGAGACGGAGCGUGCUGAUACUAAUCAAGCGACUGAAGAGGCUAAGUUGAGUCAGCACUUGUCCGUGGGCCAUGAUCUGUCUUUUUGACCUUUGACCUGGACCGCUGUCUGGAAAAUCAGGAAGGAAGUGAAGAGGAGGAGAGUGUUGUCAAUACUAAUCGAUCGUGCUCAAGAACUGCCUUUGUCACAAUGGAUAGUGUCAACAGCUGAAGCUGCUCUGGCCAUCAGGUUCGGAGACCAGAGACUUUCAAGGGUGCUAAAUUGAUAGUUGUUUCAACAUUAAAAGAAGUGAAAUAGUUUAAAGGCCGAACUCUGAAGUGCAGAGAAAAAAACAGCCCGUUGCUGCUGGUUAGGAUAGCAAUAGUCAACAUUGUUGAAAGGAGGGGGGCGUUUAGGGCAUGUGAAUGUCAUGUUGUAUUGUGUAAUGAAGUAGUCCUUCAGGGAUGUAUUCCUACUGGAGAGAUGGGUCAUCGUUUUAAGGUAUUGUUCUUGUGACACAGUGUUGUACACGGGAGAGGUCAUGGUAUGAAUGUGGAAAAGUGAUCUAUAGAUUCAAAUAUUGAACAUCGGUCAAAGGCAUGUUUUUCUGAUUCAACUAACGAGGUGCAUUUCCAUGUACAGGUCAUGUUAAGAGCAUAGAAAUAGAGAAUUGAAAACAUGCAGUGUAAAAGGUUUACUUGAGAGGGGUAGGGUUUGAAUUUAAACCGUUCAAAAAGCAUGUUGCGUUCCUUUUGAUAAAGAAUAUUGCAGGGAUAGUAGUGUAUGUAGGUCUAUGGGGAAAACAACCACUUUUCACUUUUUUGCAUGAACCAGUCUCACUCAACCUAACCACUGAUCUGUGUGUAUGUGAGUAAGGAACUCAAACUUUUUUAUCAGUGUUCUCGUGUCCUCUGUACGUACGCUAUUUGAAGUUACUGUUCCUCAACGACUAGAUGGUAAAACUGAGAGCAGUUACUUUUCCUGGCCUUGAUAUGAUUCUACAGCCACACUGUGUAAAUAGAAUGUAAAUGUGGUUUAUUUGCCGAUUUUUAGAAGUCUGGUCAAGUGCAAUGCAAUGAAUGUAGCUAUGAAUAGUUUGAGGCACAUUUAUUUAGAAAAUAAAAAAUAAAUGUAACCUUUUAUUUAACGAGGCAAGUCGGUUAAGAACAGAUUCUUAUUUACAAUGACGGCCUAACCAGGUUUGGCCAGGGGUGUGCCGCCCUAUGGGGCUCCCAAUCACGGCCAGAUGUGAUACAGCCUGGAUUCGAACCAGGGACUGUAGUGACGCUUCUUGCACUGAGAUGCAGUGCCUUAGACCGCUGCGCCACUCAGGAGCACAGCGGUCUAAGGCUUUUGGCAAGGGUGAUAUAGACUUGAUACUGUGCCAAAUGUUCCCUGUGUGAAGUUAACUGUUAACACUACGUCUUCUAGGAGUUCACCACUACAAAAGCAAAGCAGAGGCCUCAGCUUGGAUAUAUAAAUGGACAGAAUGUCCUUUCUAUGAUUCACUUGUUUGUUUGGUGCAUUCCAUUGCCAAUAUAAACACAGCAAUAGAAAAGUCAUUUUUCUUUUGAAUGAUUUUUUUGAGAAGUGUUUGCUGAUCUACUGUUGAGGGUAAACACUAUAAUAUUCACACCUUUUGGGAUCUUUAAACAAAAAUCAUGUUGUUUUUACAGAUAAUUUUCUAUAGCCAGAAUCAGUUUGUACUGAACAUCAUUUGUUAGUUUGUAUAAAAUUUGUAUUUCUUUUCCAUUGUUUUCUACUUAAACUGUUGUGAAUAAAGAUAUUGUACUUGCCUUGUGA